GGGUGGGAUUUUCAGUCUUUACAGCGCCGUGUGUUUCAGCCUGACUAUCAACCUUUAGUGAAAAUUAACGGUAUAGCUGCGAGGAACUGGCGAAACCAUACGAGUUCAAGGGUCGCGCGGCGGAACAGACCUACACAUUUAUGCAUCAACGAUAGGAAUAAAUAAUUAAGGAAUGUGGACAUUACAGAAUGCCCAACAGCGCUGGAAAGAGAUUUAAACCCACCAAAUAUAUCCCGGUGUCCACUGCAGCCACUCUUCUUGUUGGAUCCACCACUUUAUUCUUCGUUUUUACGUGUCCCUGGCUUACGAAGGCGAUCUCCCCAGCUGUGCCCCUCUACAAUGGCAUCGUCUUCCUCUUCGUGCUGGCCAACUUCAGCAUGGCUACCUUCAUGGACCCGGGCGUCUUUCCCAGAGCCAACGAGGACGAGGACAAGGACGACGACUUCCGGGCGCCGCUCUACAAGAACGUGGAGAUCAAGGGCGUCCAGGUGCGCAUGAAGUGGUGUGCCACCUGCCACUUCUACCGCCCGCCCCGCUGCUCACACUGCAGCGUGUGCGACAACUGUGUGGAGGACUUUGAUCACCACUGUCCGUGGGUGAACAACUGCAUCGGUCGCCGUAACUACCGCUACUUCUUCCUGUUCCUGCUGUCCCUGAGCACCCACAUGGUGGGGGUCUUCUCCUUCGGCCUGCUCUUCGUCCUGCACCAUCUGGAGAGGCUCGGCGCGCUGCACACCACCGUCACUCUGGUGGUCAUGUGUAUAUCUGGGCUGUUUUUCAUCCCUGUGGUGGGACUGACCGGCUUCCAUAUGGUGCUCGUUGCCCGAGGUCGCACGACAAACGAGCAGGUGACUGGAAAGUUCCGCGGAGGAGUGAAUCCAUUCACUAGGGGUUGCUGUGGCAACGUCAAGUAUGUCUUGUGCAGUCCCCUGGCUCCCAGGUACAUGGUGGAGCCCAAGAAGAAGCCCCCGGUGCCCAUCCAGCCCCCGUUCCUGCGGCCAGACCUCUCCGAGAGGCAGCUCACCAUCAAGAUCAGCGACAACGGCAUCCACAGCAGCAUCCUACGCACUAAAUCUAAAAGCAGUCUCGCUGACAUGGAUGACAAAGGGAUGGAGAUGCAGCCGCCUCUUCCCCCCAAAGCAGAGCGCUACAACCACAUGAAGAACAACAACCAGCUCACAUCCAGUGAGGAGAGUUCCUUGUCCAGCAAUCCAGUGAACCCUUCCACCCCGGCCAUGUACAAGUACCGCCCAUCUUUUGGCACCAUGCCGAAAGUCCACUACCAUGCAACCGGAGAGAAGAUCGUCAUGGCGGAUGACUGCAAGGCGUCGGCCAUCUUGGAGGAGCGCGGCCACGACUACCGCUCGGAGCCCAACCUGGACCUGCCGGACUACAGCAGUACUCCGCUGCACCGCACCUUCCAGUCCUCCCCGCAGCAGCUGGACUCCUACGGCAUGACCACGCGCUCCCUCAGCCUGAAGCAGCACCGGCACGCGGGCGACAAGUCCCACCUGGGGCCGACCAAGUCAGAGGCCGCGGGCACCUCCCCCAUGCCCUACACCAAGGGCGGCGGCGGCGGCGGCGGCAUCUACAUGCCAGGCACCUUGUCCAACCGCAACGGUAGCCUGUCCUACGACAGCCUGCUCAACCCCAGCUUCAGCUCUCCGUCGCCGGUGGGCGAGUGCGCCAUCCACCCGGGCGUGCCUUCCAUGGGCUUCCACUCGCCCUACCUGCCCACCAAGAUGUGCCACGUGCGGGGCCCCGAGUCCCAGCACCACCAGCACCAGCUCCAGCACCACCACCAGCAGCGCCGCACCCCUCCCCUGCCCAGCCCCGUUUCCAGCCAGGCCAACGCCACCGUCACGGUCACGGCCGUGCCCGUCAGCGCCAGCGUCACCACCUCCUACAGCCCCGUGCGGGUGGGCGCCUACAAGGGCCGGCGGUCCCCCCAUCCCGCCCUGUCCCCCACCACCCACGAGCGCGACCCCUCCCCCGUGCGCUACGACAACCUCUCCAAGACCAUCAUGGCCUCCAUCCAGGAGCGCAAGGAGCUGGAGGAGAGGGAGAAACUCAUGCACCUGCACGGCCACAGUCACGGCCUCGGGCACCACCACCUCCACCGCAGCCAGCAGCACUCCUAUGCUGCCGGAGGGGACUCGGGCGUAUUCGACGCCUGCAGCUACGGACUGCCGCCCACCGGCGUCUGUUACUCCGACGGACACCCCCGGGGGCCCGGCUCGUCAUCGACGCAGGGCUCCGCGUCGGCCUCCGGCUACGGUGGCUCGCUGGGGUCAUCCUCCGUCGGGGGCUACGCCGGCUCUCGGGAGAACCUGGUGGGAAGCAUCGGAGGAGGAGGAGGUGGGGGGAUGAUGGGGUACGGGGCGCGGACGCCCGUGCUGCGCUCCACAGCGGCGGCCUCCUCGCUGGCCCGCGCCCCCAGGACUUCAUCAGGCUCGCUGCACACGGACAGCAGCAGCGGAGUGUCGAGCGGGCGCCAAGGGGAUCCCCCGUCCUACCGCUCCCCGGUCCAUCACCCUCACCCGCACCCACACCCACACCACCACCACCCCUCCUCCUCCUCCUCCCCAGGGCCCAUGCCCCGCUCCCCGUCCUACAACCACCACCAGAAGGUCUCCUUCAUCAGCGCCCUGGAGAGGAGCGACUCGCCACGCAUGGGCUCCUCCAGGGAGGACAUGACCCAAGGGAAAGUGAAUGGACAGCCCAAGGGCCAAAUGCGAGACUGCCACCUAGGGACGACCUCCGGUACCCCGGGCACCCCUCUUAGCCCUGCCCGCCACACCAGUGUCAAAAAGGUGUCGGGGGUGGGGGGCACCACCUAUGAGAUCUCGGUCUGAGAGAAAGAGAUUUGCAGAGUCUUGCAACCAGAAGUGUUGCCCGCCCACCCACACACCCGGCUCCCCCCAGCCGCAAUGCCAUCCACAGGAGGUAGCACUGCCAAGGCAAACACUACCACUACUGUACGUGUGCAGGAAAAAAAAGACAGGCUCGUGUCGUGUGGCCUUUCUUCAUUUCGAUCACCUCAUCCGAUUACUGUACAGUGAGAAGCUAUCAGAAGCUGGCCGAGCUGCGUUUCCGAAUUCGGGAAACGACCGUCUAAAAAAAAAAGAGAGAGAAAAGAAAACAGACCUCUUUUGACCUCUGUUGUUUUGGCCAAGUGCAUGUGUAAUGUGUUUCAAGUGUGUUUGUGAGUGGGAUUAAAAAAAGAAAACUGCCAUCGUUUGGAAAAAAGAGUCAACAGCUGUGCUGCUCCCUGGCUGGCUCAUGUUGUGGUGUUAUACGCCCUUAGCAAAAAAGAAACAAACAAACAAACAAAGUAAAUGGGGGAAAGAAUGGUGGGGCUCCUGUGUUGAUGUUGAUAAAGUAGCACACACAUGCUACCAUACAGAGAGAAUAGGGGAGAGGCUAGGUUCAGCCUCUUCCUCUCCUAAAAAGCUAUAUUUGAUGUCUAUUUUUCAUUCUGUCUGUUCUAUUACCAGGUAAUGUACUACAUUGCCACAGUGGGGGAAGGAAAAAGGUGCUGACGCAGUACUCGUUUUAGUCCAUCUGUUGAUUUCUUUCUGAACGUCCCCUUCACAAAUGUAUACAGUAAUGUUAUAAAAAAGACUUUGAAAUAUUUUUAUUUUCUUGCUGACAUAAUUUUUUGUUGCUUCUGUUCCGCCAUUUUGUAUUAUUCUCAGUGUUUGAACUCCACCCUUGAGAACCUGUUAUGUUGAAAGCAUCGCCUGUGCUCCUGUGCAUUUGAGGCAUAUCACUAGGUUGUAAGCUAGUCUUUUGAACAAGAGUUUUGUUCUGUUUGUUCGUUUAGCCUAUUUUUUUUGUUUGUUUGUUUCAGCUAAUUAUUCUUUUGGGAAAAAAGAUGAUAAUACAUGCCCAGUGCUUACAGCUGGUCUUAACACCCCAUUUGCACUGAUAAUAAAAAUCAGCAUAAGGCAGGGCAGGAGGAUAUCAUACCGUGUAGUGUAGUGUAGCCAGGCCCGCCAACAGGGAGGGGCAAAGGGGUAUGUUGUCCUGGGCCCAGAGAGAUAGGGGGCCCAGAAAUGGGUCCCCAUUACAUUGUAUGCAUUGGGUAGGGGGCCCUUUCAGAUUACUUUGUCCUUGGCCCAGCAAAAGCUGUCAGCGGCCCUGAGUGUAGUAUGGUGUGGUGUCACCUCCCAACCUUCGGCCUCCACGCUAAUCUUGCUCCAGAUUGGUUUUCUAACAUCGCCCAGGUUCCAUGACGCAGGUGGCCCAGCAGGCAAUGGGUGUCGUGGGCCAAAGUGUUGUGUCCAUGUCAGACUGCCCAGUCUCAAUUCUGUGUGGCCCUCGACUCGCCCACUACCGUCAGCCAUGAUGGCUCAGGGUGUGUUUGUGUUUGUUUUUGUUUUUGUUAUUUCUUUUUUUUUUAAAUGUAGUCAUUUGUUGGAGCAAAUCUAUUGCAACUGUGGUUUGCAUUUAUUUGAACGUUUUUUGUAUUUAUUUUCAUGUGGCAUCAGUACAAAUUAGAUACAUCUGCCAUAGAUUUUUUUCCCCGUGUUUGAUCCAUAGCCACAUGGCGAUUUCAAGUAUACAGGUCAAGCAUUUGUUGUUUUUUAUGAGUUUUAAUUUUUUAUACCCAGCUUUUCAAUUGUUUCAUACAUUCUGCUUUUUAUACAGAUAUUCAAGGAAAGAGUGAAUGUUUGUAUUUUGAGUGGAUUUUGUGCAUAAUUUAAAAGAAUAUAUAUAUAUGAAUGAAUGAAAAACAAAGCACUCAAAACCAAUAUUUGGGUUGUAGAAGGUAUAAUUUUAUGUUGAAAAAAAUAUUUUUGCGGUGUAUAAAAAAAUAAAAUGGUGAAGAAAUUAUGAAGCGAUGUACUCCAUGGGUUUGAAUGUUGUGGGAAAACCUUGAUUCAGGAGGGAGGCCUGCACAGACUAACCUGAUGUGCUUAUAUAGUUGGUUUUUCGCAUACCUUGUCUGCCUGUAUUUUUGUGUAAUUCAUCAAAACGCCCCAGACAAAAAAAAAACAACAACAAUAAAAUACAAUGAUACCCUGCCAUUUCCUAGAAGCUGUCUGGCACAGCACACAAACGUGUAUUAUGUGAUGAAUAAAGUCAUGGAAAUUACAGGAUUUGGCUGAAUUGAAGAAUUCCUUUCUGAACAAAUGAACAUGAUAGUUUGAUAUCAAGGUA